CGUAUUUGCUUACUUUCGUCACUUUUUUUGCCAAAAAAAAAGAAGGAAAAUGCCAAAAGCUAAGCGGUUUGCUGUUUAUGAGAGUAUUCACGAUGACGUGGCCAAUAUUUCAAUAGUUUUCGAUGAAGAUAUUAUUUAUUUGACAUCGACGGCAGGUGGUCCGGUAACCAUUCAAAGAGCCGGGAACGUCGUUUCAAGACAUGAAAAUGAUAUUCAUCAUGUAGCAUCAGAACUUUGCGGAGAAUUUUUCGAAAACGGUCGGCUCAACGCCGAAACCAUCGAGCUCGACAAAACGAGCAUCCCAAUUCCAAAAUCACUGCUCAAAAUCCAUUGCAACAAAUUUCUUGCCACUUUUCUCGGCGGUCAACGUGCCAUCGCGUGGCUGGAACUGAUCGAGGGACAUGUGGAAGUUCUCAAUAUUUGUGAGACCUAUGACGUCAUCGGUUUGGGAAAUUUGGAGCAGAUCAGCCGAGUCGGAAAGCAAUUGAUUCUGUGUAGCUCUGACGUUACUGAUGAAAAUUUGCAAAAUUUGAGCUCAAAAUUGGAAACUUUGGUGUUGAAUUCGCCAACGAUCACCGAGAACGGUGUGAAAAUUCUGCUGCCGAAUUGGCUCGAACAAUAUUCCAAAACCGGAAAUGUCUUUGAAAUUCGCUUCAAGGCCUCCUCAACAAAUUUCGAAAAGAUGGAAAUGUUCGAAAAUCUGAAAAACGCUGAAAUCACGUGGCAACGAGAAUACGAGUAUCAAAUGAAAUAUACACAAAAAACCGGGCAAACAUGGAAUUUCAAUGGCUAUUAUUUUAUUACCGGCGACUGGCAUUUGCUGAAAAUUUGGACUUGAACAAUGAUUUUAUAAAACAAUAUUUCUGUU